GGAGCUGGUGGAUAUGUCAAAGUGGAGAAGCAGGCGAGCAGAGAAGGACCAACCACGAGUUCCCCUCCAGCAUUAAGUUGUCCAUCUUGUCUCCACUAAAGGAGCAGCCUGUCACAUGGGAACUAAUUAAGACGGCGACUUGCACGCUGGCUGCAGCGCUGCCACUCUGCCACAUUUAACAUCUGUCCUAUUUGUGGGGCAGUUUGAAAGCAGUAAUUCAGCAGACAAAUGCUUGUUUUGCAGCAGUUCACCCCUGUUAGCUCUUAACCACUGGUCCGUCUGAUCAGUGUAGCCUGACAAAACUGAUCGCUUAAUCCUCCUGAACACAGCACUCUGAUCUGGAAGGAAAAAUCUAAUAGAGCAUGUUUUAUGUGCCUCCUCCAGGAGAAUCAUUCUGAUGUGAUGCCACAUUAUACAGGAUGCGUUGUGACAUUCCCCCAGCUGACUAAGCACAGCAGGCUAAUGGUGGCAGAGGAAAACAGGUUAUUAGCAUUAGCUCACCUUUAAAACAUGGCCUCCGGGAGAUGAAGAGGCGGCUCCUUCAGAGAAGGUCUCAAGCUGCAGAACCACGAAGCUCAUCUGCAUCUAAUGCGGAAUCGAGUUCAUAUAAACAUCAAUAACACAUGCACAUAUUCAAUAUUUAUUACGAUUCAGAACAAGUUUCUUUUUUUAAUUACAUGUUCUGUGUCGGGUCCUGACAUUUCCAUCACUACACGUGGUCAGUGCAUUCUGCUGCAGUUUGACUCAGGUCAACACUGAGGCCAACAGACAUUCAGGUUUAUUCUGAAGAAAAACUGGUUUAACUUUGAGUUUUUUCUUGUGCUAGCAUCGCUCCUGCAUAAGUGGGUGUAUGGAAGACUGUACAGUGUUUAAAAUAUAAUAAUAAUAAUAAUAAAAAUUUGAACUUUAUGGAUCCCAGUUCUUGUGUUAACAGCAGAUCUGCUGCCCCUUGCAGGUUCCUCUGGGAAUCAAACCCAAGACCACAUCUCUGGGGUCAUUUUUACAUCAUUAAGACCCUAAUCCUAACUCGUGCUAAUUGAAGAUUGUGUUGUUUUAAUCUAAAAAAAAGAAAAAACCCUGACGUUGCCUAAAGGAGUGAGUGUUCCAUUAGUGCUUUGUUCAGCUUUAAUGUUCAUCAGCCAACCAUCAGUGUUUUUUCUCUCCUCGCUCCAGCUCCUCCACCAAGGCCAACCAACAAAGGGAUGUGUUUUAUGUCGACAACUUAGUGGGAAAGGACUUAACUGUGUCUUGUAGAGUCUUUGUUGCAGAGGCAGUGUAAUUAACACGUGGUAACAGAUCCAGAGUGGUGCCACAGCUAAUGGUACUUUAGAACACAGUGGAACACAAACACUGACUAAAAAAAAAACAAAAACGUUUUCAGUCAGUGAAAAUCUCUCUAUGCCUUUGCUCUCAGAUUAAAAUUCUAAUAUGAUCUCUAUGUUAAUUAUUGUUUGUUUGUUGAAUCUAGUUCAAAAAAUUCUUCAAUUUUGCUUUACAUGUUUUAUUGUAUUUGUUUUGAUAUUUUGGGCUUUUAGAAGACUAGUCAGCUGUAUCUUAAAAAUCCCACAAUUUCUUGAUGGUCGUUUUGUGAGCAUUGGCAACAUUUUGGAUUUUUUUCAUUUUAAACACUCUCUGACUUUUUUCCAGUCUUGAAGAAACAUCCUGACAGCUAGCUCUCCAAUGUACCUAGAAUCACGAUGUCAGCUGUCUCCGUCAUCAAACUGAACCUGAUACAGUGGAUCUAUCAAAAUUUCAUGAAUUCAAGUUGCACUGUGUCACUGAAGUGACUGAAGUAUCCAAAUCUAUAAGUUAAGGUGAAAUAAAUGACAGCGACGCCCUGAAGUCGCAGAGAUGGGUGGACGAGAGGAGGAGGAGAACAAGGAGGAGGCGGAGGAGGAGAAGUGGGUGCGCGCAGUUCGGUGUAGUGGCACAGGCGACUGAAGCAGAGGUGUAACUGAUCCCAGGGAACGACGUCCGCUAUUUCCGUCCCCCGUGGUUUAGUCACGUGUCCUUAGGGAACGUUUAGUGUGUAGACCCGGACACGCGGUGGAAAGAACGCACGGUCGCGCACAGUUGGGCAAAUCGACAUCCAUCGACGCGCGUAAGUGACCCGGGCGGUGGAUGAAGCGGAUCCGUGUAGUUUCAGGGCGUUGUCACACAAUCUCUAAAGUGCAGUUUGACGUCCUCCAGGCUCUGCGCACACUGACCGCUUCAAAGUUGAGCGCCGAGCAGCUGUGAACCUUCCUGACUCCCUGUUGCCAUCCUGCGCCACGAGACGACGCACGGAGCUGUCAGCGCGAACCGAGGUAACUUGCCAGCUUCUGUGGGAUUUGAUGUUACCUUCAGAUUGGUUUAACUGAAGAUGGAAACACUGGAGUCUGAGCUCACCUGCCCGAUCUGCCUGGAAUUGUUUGAAGAUCCUCUGCUCCUGCCUUGUGCUCACAGUCUGUGUUUCAACUGUGCCCACCGCAUCCUGGUCUCUCACUGCUCCACCAACAAGCCCCUUGAGUCCAUCUCAGCUUUUCAGUGCCCAACGUGUCGUUACGUCAUCACGCUGAAUCACCGCGGUCUGGAGGGCCUGAAGCGCAAUGUGACUUUGCAGAACAUCAUUGAUCGCUUCCAAAAGGCCUCACUCAGUGGCCCCAACUCCCCCACGGAGAGCCGGCGCCUGCAGCCGCAGCGACCCUGCACUGCCACCAUUAGCGGCACGGUAGCUGGUACAGUUGGUGGCAGUGGUGGUGGUGGUGGCUCCAGUGGAAGCAGUGCCCGAGGCAGCCCGGCCACUUCCAGCCACACCCUGCUGCACACCAACCACACCAAUCACAUCAACCACACAAACUCCAACCACAGCCCAGCUGUUGUUGCUAAAAUGGAUCCACGCAUCAGCUGCCAGUUCUGUGAGCAGGAUCCACCGCGUGAGGCUGUCAAGACGUGUGUAACGUGUGAGGUAUCGUACUGUGACCGCUGCCUGCGUGCAACACAUCCAAACAAGAAGCCAUUCACCAGCCAUCGCCUGGUGGAGCCGGUGCCGGACACUCACAUCCGGGGCCUGACUUGUCUGGAGCACGAGAAUGAGAAGGUCAACAUGUACUGCUUGGUGGAUGACCAGCUGAUCUGUGCCCUCUGUAAGCUGGUGGGGCGUCACAGGGACCACCAGGUGUCCUCGCUCACAGAACGCUUUGACAAGCUCAAGGCUUAUCAGGUGAGCCCGGGCAGAGUGUCAGAUGCAGUACUGGAGGCUUCAAAGACAAGUGCUGCGCAAACCCUGGAGAAUAACCUGACCAACCUGGUGAAGAGGAACAGUGAACUUGAAAACCAAAUGGCUAAACUGAUCCAGAUCUGCCAGCAAGUUGAAGUGAACACAGCCAUGCAUGAAGCCAAGCUGGUGGAGGAGUGCGAUGAGCUGGUGGAGAUCAUUCGUCAGAGGAAGCAGGUCAUCGCUGUGAAGAUUAAGGAGUCGAAGGUGAUGAAAUUGCGAAAGUUGGCUCAACAGAUUGCAAACUGUCGUCAAUGUCUGGAACGUUCCAGUGCCCUGAUCACACAGGCUGAGCAGAGCCUGAAGGAGAACGACCAUGCCCGGUUCCUCCAGACCGCCAGGAAUGUAGCAGAAAGGGUUGCCAUGGCGACUGCAUCCUCCCAGGUACUCAUCCCAGAUGUCAACCUGAAUGAGGCCUACGACAACUUUGCCCUGGACUUUUCCAGAGAGAAGAAGAUUUUAGAAGGACUCGAUUACCUGACAGCUCCGAACCCGCCGUCCAUCAGAGAAGAACUGUGCACGGCUUCCCACGACACCAUCACCGUUCACUGGUCAUCAGAGGAUGAGUUCUGUGUCACCUCCUAUGAGCUGCAGUACACCAUCUACACCGGCCAGACAAAUUUCAUCAGUUUGUACAACUCAGCAGACAGCUGGAUGAUCGUUCCAAACAUCAAGCAGAACCACUACACUGUGCACGGCCUGCAGAGUGGCACCCGCUAUAUCUUCUUCGUCAAGGCCAUCAACCAGGCAGGAAGCCGCAACAGUGAACCCGCCCGCCUCAAAACCAACAGUCAGCCAUUCAAGCUUGACCCAAAGACGGCCCACAAGAAACUCCGUCUUUCCAAUGACUGCCUGACCAUGGAGAAGGAUGAAAGUUCCCUAAAGAAGAGCCACACUCCGGAGCGUUUCAGUGGCACCGGCUCGUACGGAGCGGCCGGUAAUGUCUUCAUAGACAGCGGGUGUCACUACUGGGAGGUGCUGCUGGGAGCAUCCACCUGGUAUGCCAUUGGCGUGGCCUACAAGUCAGCCCCAAAGAAUGAAUGGAGCGGGAAAAACUCAUCCUCAUGGGUUCUGUCGCGCUGCAACAAUAACUUCAUGGUGCGCCACGAUGGCAAGGAGAUGCUGGUGGAGGCGAGCCUGCAGCUGAGGCGGCUCGGCGUCCUGCUAGACUAUGACAACAACUCGCUGUCGUUCUAUGACGCCAUGAACUCACAGCACAUUCACACCUUUGAAAUCUCCUUCAUUCUGCCCGUUGUACCUACUUUUAUGAUCUGGAACAAGUCGGUCAUGAUUCUCUCAGGGCUGCCUGUCCCUGACUUUGUGGACAUCUUGAGCUCAGAUCUCCAAGAGCAGCAGCAGCAGAUGGGCCUGUGUCGACAGGAGUCGCCAUAUUUGAGCGGGAUGAAGACAUGCCACUGAGGAAGGGCCGACGGCGGAGCAACAGUAAGGCCCAGUGACAGGUUGACUGUGAGCUGAGUUGACCGAGAGUCCGUUGGAGUGGACUGGUUACUGGUUUUUAUUGAUUUUAGAAAGUGAUGGAAUUAUGCACACCAUAGCCCUGAUAGUCUGUAGACAUCCGACGCUCUCAGAAUACAAAAUAAUGUCUCCUGACUGGAAAACUAUCAGGUGACGUAAAAGGUUUCUGAUGCUCUGGUGUCAGUGAGGAAGAUCUGUCGACAAUGGACAGUCUCACAAGUUUGUUAACGAUUCAAGGUCUUCCAUCGAUCGUUUUCUUUAUCUCAACUUGACCACAGACAAGAGACAGAGGAGGAAAAGUUGUUAAAAGUUUGAACAGUGACAUUAAUAAGUGAUUUCGACCAAGCCACAAUAAAAGCAGAGGGCUCCAAAAAGAGAAAAAUGAUCACUUCACAAUUCAUUGUAUUUAUUUUGUCUUAACAUGUUCAUGUUAAAUGACCAGACUUUUUGGACUGGGAGACUUUGACUUAUUUUGGGAUUUAAUUUAUUACUGAAGCAUUACCUCAGUAACUAUCGUAGGCGUCACCGUUUGGCUAGCAUAAUGUGAACGACAUCACUGUUCACAUCUUUCGUCCUCCAUCAUUGUCAGCUGUUGGUCUCCACCAAAGUGUUAUCGUGAUGCAGCAGCUUCCCAGGUUAUGACAAGGUCACAGAGGUUACAGUAUAUUAGCAUCACGUGACUACUGGACGUGUACAAUAAGAGAUUUUAUUGAAUACUAGAGGACAGAGUGUUAUUUAUGAGAUAAAAGAUGGUUUAAUUUUAUUAUUAAUGUCAAUGUAUCCAUGCACUUUUGAAUUAACACCCCCGCCCCCAAACCCCUUUGUGAGUGUUUGAAUAUGUGGAGCUGGGCGGAAACAAGAAGAAGUUUCAGCUGGCUCUACUGCUGUCCAUGUCCACUUAUAUUAACGGUUGAAAUGAUAAGAGUCUUAGAAUGGUGAUUAGAUAUAAAUAUGAAAAAAAAAUUCAAAUUGAUCAUUCAAAGCACUUUGCCAUAAAACAGAAACGUCUGCUGUAAAAUGAUCAGAGAAAUGUUUCCAACUUUUCCUCCUUAUUUUUAACAUUGUAUAAAUGUAUCUUCAAUUUUGAAAGGGACGUGGUUUUUAUGAUUCAGUACUUGAUUGAUGAUUUUUAUUUUGUUUUGUUAUUGUUGUGAAAUUCACUCUGUUUUAGAAAUAGAGGGUCAACACGUGGCUCCACUGUAUGAUUGGUUUACACACAAACUCACACACACACACACUCGUGUCAUGUUUUGUUUAUGGUGGUCUCGUUGUAAUUAAUGCAUGUUAUGUCACGGCAUCACUCAGUUCAUUCAGGAAUUUCCACUGAUCUUCCAUAAGUUCACCACUGCUCCAUUUGAUUCUCAGCAUUUUCUACUGGUUCCAUUGUGUCACCUGGUACUGGGUUUCCAUAGAUGGUGUCUCUCUGGUUUGAUUUUUAGGUGGUGACGAAGAUUCAGACAAUCAAAUGAAUGGGUUUCAUUGUUUAUGCAGAUUUAUGAGGUUACACAACAGGAAUACUAGAACGGCACUGUGAUGAAAUUGAGCUUGUGUUUAAAAAAAAUGAAAAUGAAAAAGAUUGACUUAGCUUGUUUCACUCCACGUACAUUUUUAUUCACUUUGCAUAUCAUCCGACAUGUCCUUGACGUUUAAUGUCAUGAAACACUUCACAUGACUGAGAGGAUGACUUGCUUGACUGAGAGUGAAAACAGACAAACUCUGCAAAUAUGCACAGUGUACAACCAUUUGUAGUGACCUUGGUCGAAGCAACUUUCUCUGAAGAGCCAAAUUCAGACACAUGUCCAAAUCCCAGUGGGGAAAUAUUAUAUAUUAUGUUAUAUAAUUUUUCAGGUCAGAUUCAGUUUGAUUGCCUCCAUGUCUCGGGCUGCAGAAACGGACCAUGAUGAUAUUAGUGUGGAGCCAGGGCUGUUUUCCUGUCAGGAUCAUUAAUUAUAAUAUUUGCCUGACUUUCAUUCAUCCGCCCAUCCUGUUGAAUGUCGGUCAAAGGCUGAAAAAUAAACCUGCUGAUUUGUGAUCUGCUCUGACACGUGCAAUUCAUCUGCUCAAGUGUGCUUGGCUGGGUCACUGCAUGAUUACGUGACCUCGCUUCAGGUCCAUAACUCUGCCUUUAUAUUCACGAUGAGGUUUACUGUAUAGAGUCAAGCCGUCUCUGUCUUUUCCCAGAAAACAGAACAUGGCCAGAAUUCUCCUCCGCUGAACAUAUCCUGGUAAUUUGUUUGUUUAGGGUUUUUUUGGUUUGUUUUUUGUUUUUUUGCAUUUAUCCUCAGUCAAUUUCGUAAAAAUAUACAGUGAAUGACUUUCAAUAGCAACCCGCUCCUCGUAGUGAAGUGUAAUACUCUAGAUACAACACAAUAGAUUCUCCUCUUUGCAUUUCGGUUUGUGUGACUUUGAAAAGUUUUAGGGUUUUUUUUUGUUUGUUUGUUUUUUUAAAUCAGCUGACGAGGAACAUGCUCCCCCUCCUGUUGACACCUAGAACUGAAUAAACAGCACAAAAAAAGAGCAAGCUUUGGUUUCCUGCAAGGCUUUCUGUUAAAAAAAAAAAUCCUGAUUUUAUCCAGAGAUGAAUAUUAAAACUUGGGGGAAAUAUAUAUUAUAUAUAAAGUUGUAUAAUAUACAAAAUAUAUAUGAACCAAUGUUAUUUAUGUGAAUCCAAGUCCAAAUAAAAUCUGAUCCCAGCA